ACAUAUAUAUAUACACACACAUAUACAUAUUUCGCGUGUAUACGUGCAUGGAUUCGUGACGUAUCGCCAAUAUUUUUAUUGCCUCGGGCGAUUGCCUUUUCCCUCUGCGCGACUCCGUCGUUUCGAGAUCCUCUCAUCGUCGAUUUCGGAAGAAAGGCCAUCCGCGGCGCGCGAAUCGGUAACCCGGAUCGCGUUCCUUCACCGGGCUACACCGUAUAGUGACGGUUUGAUCGCGCGCGGUUACUUACUCAAGUGACAUACUUUUGUUCGCGAGAGAAGAGAAACUCUCCCUCGUCCGGGAGCAGCUGGCCGGGAAAGGAAAACUGAGUGUGAUUUAUCUUCGAGGAGGAUAGUGUGAUUACUCUCGGAGGUGUUACGCGACAAUCUGCGAGCACAGUGGGAGUUUUACGAGUGUGACAUGCCAGAAGUGCAUCGACGUCGGGUGCAGUGACCAUAUUAUAGUAGUAGAUGUGAUAUCGAAGACUCGCGUCGUUUACACGUUGUACGCGGUUUAUAAUUAAUCAGCGCGAUCGCGAAGUCCACGGUGACUGAUCUACGACGAUCAUUAGAGACCAACCGGAGAAUCUCGAAUCGCUCCCGGUGCGAGGGACAUCAUGCGUCCCCGAUUGCAACCCUCGUUAGAGGGUUGAAUCGCCGAUUCCGGUGUCGCGCGAUCGGCCGACACGGGUCCGCGGGUGUUGUGCGCGACGAGCUCGUCGGCGAUCGUCCGCCCGAGAACAUCCCUGCCGUGACGCGAGGUGAUCUCGCCGAGGGUCAACCGUGUACCACAUUCCCGCGCUGCAAGAGGACUUGGAACCUCGCGAAGAUGCGGGACCGGCUCUCGUGGUACAUGGUCUUUCUGAUCCUGCCGACAAUCCUCUUGGCCAGGUCGCUCGAUAAGGAUCGACGCGUACCGUACAACAUACCGUCGGAUUGGAGAGCUCUCUGGUUCAGCAAUCUGGACGAGCUGCAGAGAGUGAACGAUGCGAACGACAACAACACCGUUUCCAACGUCACGGUGCAAUUGGGUGGCACCGCCUUUCUCCACUGCAAAGUUCGCAAUUUGGCGGAGAGGACCGUUUCCGAUGCCGAGACAUCGUGGAUCCGGCGACGUGAUUUUCACGUCUUAACAAGCUCCAUGUUUACAUACACGAACGACGAGCGAUUUCAAGUGCUGCAUCCCGAAGGCUCGGACGAUUGGACCCUUCAAAUAAAAUACGUCCAGGAGAGAGAUAACGGGACAUACGAGUGUCAGGUCUCGAGAAGUACAGGGAUACUGUCACAUUUUGUCAAUCUAAAUAUAGUGAUACCAGAGGCGUUUAUAUUAGGAAGCGAGGAGCAUCACGUCGAUGUAGGCUCUAUCAUAAAUCUCGUAUGCAUAAUAGAGAAGAGCCCGACGCCGCCGCAAUACGUGUUCUGGUAUCACAAUAACCGGAUGAUAAACUACGAUACCACGCGCGGCAGCGUGACCGUACAAACCGAUCCAGGACCAACUCAGAGCCGGCUGACGAUUCACCAGGCGGUGGAGUCCGACACGGGCAAUUACACGUGCAGCGCCUCCAACACCAAGCCGGCAUCGAUCUUCGUCUUCGUCACCGAAGGUGACAAGAUGGCAGCGAUACAGCGUCGCAAGACGUCGGCAGCGAAGAGGAAUCGUGCGGAGGUGCUGUUGCUGGCGUUACUCAUCGUAGCGGGCGUCGUUUUAGCGCGAUAAGCGUUUCACUUCGAGAAAUGUCCAUAACUAUUACACCAUUACUUCCGUUUGUGAUAGAUAGGAUAUUACUCCCGGGGACUUUACAGUCCACCCUCUUCCUUUUUCAUCCCCCUGGUUUUCCCAACUCUUCGCCCCAUCUCUCUCUCUCUCUCUCUCUCCUUUACUUUCCCCUAGUUCCCGCGUCUUCCAUUUUCCCACAUCUUCCUCUCUGCUCCUCUCCCGUCUUUCUUAACUCGUCCUCCUUCGUCCUUAUUUACUUUAGUCGAGGUUGCCGCCGGCUGGACUACUUAGAUAUGCGAGAUUUUCGUGAAAGAUUGCGCGAUUGCCUGCUCCAAGUCAUUACGCGCGACGCGCAUGCGACUCGAAUUAUGUAAAUACUCGCCAGGUCGAAUACGCCACGACGACGCGGAUUACGUUAGGCCAGGCCUGUCCAACUUCCGGGUAUGUGCUGCCGAUCGUUCGCCAGAUUCAGAUCGGUCGGAUGGAAAAUUCGUUAGGUCAGUGCAAACAGUACGGAUCGAUCGCGUUUGACAAGGUGAGAUCCAUAUAAUUCUCGAAAAUUCAGAUCAUUUUUUGAGAUACGCAGAAACGGAAAUACAUGCGUGCACGUGUGGGAAAAUGCAAGUGUAAAUAUCGUCUCGUUUAAAAAUAACAUCCCUACUUCAAACGAUUAUUAUUAGCGUUGUACAAUUAUUUAUGUCUUGAAAUUGCAUUAUUUCUAGAAUAAUCGAAUCGUAAAUAAUGCAUUAAUUCAGGAAAGAUAAAUUUUAGAAAUGUGCUAUUCAAAUGAUUAAGGUCCUCUUUGGAUAAAUUAUGAAUUGUAAAUUUGACUUUGUGUAAUAUAAUGUAAACGAUAUAAUUUUAAUUAUAAAAUAAUAUAAUAUACAAUUUGGGUCGAGAUAUAUUAUCGUAGGAUGAAUAGAUAACUUCUAUAAUUAAAUUCAAUAUGACUCGAUAUGUUAUAAAUAUUAAAUUCAUUAUU